GCAAAAAGUGGCUUUGGCAGGAUCAGGAUGGCGAGUGACGAGGGCUCGGAGUCCACGGUUGUGUUCACAGCAGAGGAGAAUGAGAUGCCCAUUAUCCAGCUGUGCGGGCUAGUGGAAGACCUCAGCUAUGGAAUCUCUGCCCUCAAGACUGAGACAGGGAUGUUUGAAAAGUACUACAAUAAACUGGAGCCUAGGGAUAAGCGACACUCACGAUUUUCAGAAAUUAAAAUGUCAGGAUCUGAAUAUGCACAGAAGGAAGAGGUGGGUGACGCCCUCCACGAAGUUGACUUUCAGCAGCUGAAGAUUGAAAAUGCUCAGUUUUUAGAGACCAUUGAAGCCAAGAAUAAUGAAUUGGUUCAGCUAAAGCUGGUCUCCGGAAAUGCCCUGCAGAUUCUCAGCACACACAAAAGCAAACUUCACCGAGCACUGGAACUGUCUUCCCAACUGGACAAGGAGAUCAUCCUGAGAAAUGAAUUACUUGAAAAAGUCGAAAAAGAAAGCAUCCAAGCGGAGGAGGGCCGAGCCAACGCUGAGACCUUAAACAAGCAGCUCCGGAAGCAGCUGGCAGAGUUCCGGGCGCCACCAGUGAUGAUGUAUGUACAAGAGAAAAUCCGGAAUGGGGAACUGGAGAAGACCAUCAAGAUGUGGGAGAGGAAAGUGGAGAUUGCAGAGUUGUCUUUAAAAGGCUACCGCAAGAUUUGGAAUCAAAUCAAAAUAGCCAAUGAGCAGUUGCAGGUGGUUGGUUUGCUGGGAAACGCCCUGAAGGAAGACGCUGAAGACUCCCCCAAAAUAAUAUAUUAA